AACGAUAAUAAUAUGUUUAAACAUCUUUUAUAUUUGAAAUCAUAAACUUUUGCAUUACAUCAUUAAUUAUAUUUCUUUUUACAAAAGUUUGGCUUUGGUAUGACCUAUAUUCCUAGAGGUUAGUGGUUCAAUCAUCCUAUGUAGUUGAUGUGUGCAAAAAAAUUAUUUAUCUUUUUGCAUAAAAUUAUGGAACGUCUUGACAACUUUUAUUUAAAUUAAAAGUUCCAAAGGAAGGAUUUGGUGAAAAUUUUGAAUAUUUACUAUUUUAUUUUAGUUUAGAUAAUGAAAUCCCUUUAACGGCCAUUUGUCCCAUUUGCGGUCUCAUUUGAGUUGCAGUUUCAACUAAGAUUCAAACUCUUUAAUUAUGCUUUGAGUUUGAGUUUACCCAUUUUGAUAGUCAUAAAUUAGGAACCAUGAGGCCAUUGAUGAAUAAACCUCUUAGUUAAAAUCAUAAGGAGAGACAAAGUUUAAAUUUUUUUUAAAAACACUUGAGAGAGAAUGCCAAGGAAAAGCUUUUGCGUGUACUCUCAUGUCAGACAUCUAUUCUUGUCUCCAGUUUCUCGAUACACAUUCUCCCGCCAAAUAUCAUUUUCACCGUCACCCAACUUGAAAACUCUGUGUUCCAGUGGCCAAUUGAAGGAAGCAUUGCUGCAAAUGGCCAUUUUAGGCCGUGAAGUGAAGUUCGAAGGUUAUGAUACAAUCUUGAAUGAGUGUGUUAGUCAAAGGGCUAUUAGAGAAGGCCAAAGAGUUCAUACCCACAUGAUAAAAACUUGUUAUUUGCCUUCCGUGUACCUCAGAACGAGGUUGAUUGUGUUGUACAAUAAGUGUGACUGUUUAGGUGAUGCGCGGGAAAUGUUUGAUGAAAUGCCCCAGAAGAAUGUGGUUUCUUGGACUGCGAUGAUUUCGGCUUAUUCGCAAAGAGGUUUUGCCUUUGAAGCCUUGAAUCUGUUUGUGGAAAUGUUAAGAUCAGAUACAGAACCAAACCAUUUCACUUUCGCUACCAUACUUACUUCUUGCUACGGUAGUUUGGGAUUUGAAACUGGUAGACAAAUUCAUUCCAUUGCCAUCAAAAGAAAUUAUGAGUCCCACAUGUUUGUUGGCAGUUCACUUCUUGAUAUGUAUGCAAAAUCGGGUAGAAUUUGUGAUGCUCAUGGAGUUUUCCAUUGCUUGCCAGAAAGAGAUGUUGUUGCGUGUACUGCUAUCAUAUCUGGUUAUGCUCAAAUGGGUCUUGACGAAGAAGCAUUGAAACUAUUUCGUCAAUUGCAAAUUGAAGGAAUGAAUUCAAAUUCUGUAACUUAUGCUAGUGUCUUAACUGCCUUAUCCGGACUUGCUGCACUCAAUCACGGCAAGCAAGUGCACAGCCAUGUCCUUCGGUCUGGACAGUAUUCCUAUGUUGUUCUUCUGAAUUCUCUUAUCGAUAUGUACUCAAAAUGUGGGAAUGUCUGCUAUGCCAGGAGAAUUUUUGAUAGCAUGCCUGAGAGAACUUGCAUAUCAUGGAAUGCAAUGCUUGUCGGGUAUAGUAAACAUGGAAUGGCGAGAGAGGUGCUUGAACUUUUUAAACUGAUGAGAGAAGAAAAUAAAGUUAAACCCGACAGCAUCACAUAUUUGGCUGUUUUAUCUGGUUGCAGUCAUGGACAGUUGGAAGAUAUGGGGCUUGAAAUCUUCUAUAACAUGGUAAAUGGAAAGGAUGGAAUUGAACCAGAUAUUGGGCAUUAUGGUUGUGUUGUUGAUUUACUUGGGCGUGCUGGCCGUGUAGAAGAGGCUUUUGAUUUCAUAAAAAAGAUGCCUUUUGUGCCAACCGCUGCUAUUUGGGGAUCACUAUUAGGUUCGUGUCGGGUUCACUCAGAUGUCGAAAUUGGAAUAAUUGUGGGUCAGAAGCUUCUAGAGUUAGAACCUGAAAAUGCGGGGAACUAUGUUAUUCUCUCAAAUCUAUAUGCUUCUGCAGGAAAAUGGGAAGAUAUGAGAAAUAUUAGGGACCUGAUGCAAGAAAAAGCUGUGACAAAGGAGCCUGGUCGCAGCUGGGUAGAGCUUGAUCAAAUUGUCCAUACUUUCCAUGCAAGUGAUCACACUCAUCCAAGAAGGGAAGAGGUGGCAAAGAAAGUAAAGGAAUUAUCCAUUAAAUUCAAGGAAGACGGUUAUGUUCCUGACUUGAGUUGUGUUUUAUAUGAUGUGGACGAGGAACAGAAAGAGAAGGUGCUUCUAGGCCAUAGUGAAAAGCUAGCUUUGGCAUUUGGACUGAUUGCUACUCCUGAAGGAACAACAAUCCGUGUCAUAAAAAACCUUAGAAUUUGCGUGGAUUGCCACAGUUUUGCCAAAUUUGUGUCGAGGCUUUAUGCAAGAACAGUAAUCCUAAGGGACAAAAACCGGUUUCAUAAUAUAGUUGGGGGAGUAUGCUCUUGUGGAGAUUACUGGUAGGCUUUGAAGCUACAAAUAGUACGAAGCUCUCUUAUCUUCUGAUACCAUUGAGCAUGCUACUAUACUGCAGUCUAAAAGCCUUUUAUACAUGAAUUGAAGUAGCAUGUGAUUCGGAAGAGUGUGAAGAACAGUUCAAGAUCAGCCUUUAAUUCAUACUCUGGAAUACUGUGGUGUUGUGGGAAAACGUGAAAACUGAAGUUCUUUUUACACAUAGAGUCCCAACUUCCAGAUUUUUCUGACCAUACAGAGUAUAGUAUCAGAGCAACUGCUGCAAUAUCAAUAACUUUAGCAUUUCUCGUCGGCUUGGAGGUUGAAACAAGUCACGGUAUCUGCUGGUGGUGGUGGUGAAAUAAUCAUCUAAUAGCUUGAGAUGAAGGCUUUUACCUCGAGGAAAUGGACAGAACGUGGAUAUCUGCGAUGGGAACUAGAGACUUUCUUGUAGGUACGUUACAUAACAGCUCGUAGAUGUUGGAUUUAAAGGUUAAUUAAUUUAGUUUAUGAAAGUUUCAGUUUGGUCCUAUAAUUUAGUCAGAACAUUCAUUGUUUAGAUAUUUGUGCAGAAAAUUUUAUUCGGUGGAGUACUAGGAGGUGUUUUGGGCAGAUCAUAUGAUACUAUAAUAACCACGUACUAUUUUAUACUCUCCAGUUAGCUACUGUCAACACUAUUCAAACUCCUUAUUUGUUAUAGUUUUUAUUAUUUUAUCAUUUUUUCUACAAUAUUUACUAUUUUU